AUGGUUUGCAAGAAGUGCGAGGCUAAAACGUCCAAGCUCGCUGCACCUGACCCGUUCAAGUCUACUUCGUCAGCCAUCAAGGACGGCUCGCGGAAAGUCGGGGAGAACAAGCUGCUCUCGAGGCCGGGCAGCUCUAAGAACCGAUUUCAGCCAUACCAGGGCAAAUGCAAGGACUGCAAGUCCACAGUAACACAAAACAAGGCCAAGUAUUGUCAUGGCUGUGCAUACAAACGAGGCGUGUGCGCAAUAUGCGGCAAGCAGGUGUUGGACACGAGUGGCUACGUCAUGUCGGCGAAGUAGACUGCUGGGUUGAAGGUGUCGUCGCUCGUUUCCUUCAUUUUCCACAACAGGUGGC